ACCCCCUUCCUUUAUUUCAUUUGAGGGAUCUAACAUAGCAAUUCUCAGAACAAUAGAAAGAGAGAGAGAGAGAGAAUGGAGGCCAUCGACUCUGUGUUCGAUCCCUUGAGAGAAUUCAGCAAGGACAGCAUCAGGCUCGUUAAGCGAUGCCACAAACCCGAUCGCAAAGAAUUCUCCAAGGUUGCUGUUCGUACUGCCAUAGGCUUCGUCGUCAUGGGAUUCGUUGGUUUCUUCGUGAAGCUCAUCUUCAUUCCCAUUAACAACAUCAUCGUUGGAUCUGGGUGAAGGGUUGUCAAGCAAAAGGAGGCAGGAAGAGAUCCAUUUUAAUAGAUAUUUAUCCUCUGAACAUUUCACGCAUUUCUUUGAAAUUUGAAAAUUUAUUUCUCCAUCUUGUUGACCUUGACAUAUUAUUUUGAUCUAGGAUAAAGAAGAAAAAUAGUUGAGGAUUCGUGAUUUUUUUCUUCAAGUCUUUGUUAUAUUUGCUUUC